AUAUACUGUAUGUAUGUGUACUACCGUUCAAAAGUUUGGAAUCAUUGAGAAAUGUCCUUGUUUUGACAGAACAAUUAAAAUAACCUGAAAUUGAUCAGAUGUAUCAAAUAUACUGUAGACAAUGCUAAUGUGGUAAUUACCAUUACAGCUGGAAACGGCUGAAUUUGAAUGGAAUAUCUACAUACUAUUGUAUGGCUAGUUGAUUCAUUAUGGACAUGUACAUAACCAAGGCAUGUACAAGACCCCAAAAGCAGCACUAAGAUCCAACAGGAAUAGUAUUGAAAAAUAUCUAUUCUCAGAUGCAAUAAAUAGGUUCAUUAACUCAUUUGAUUAGGGCUCAGAAGCCUGACUAGAAGAAUUAUUGGACGUUGUUCCUAUCUGAAAAAGAACAAAGUUGCUUUGAUACUGUUUUUUUUUUUUUUUGGACAGGAAAGGGAGGUUAGAUAUAGGUCUGUAAUUAGCUGGCUUAUCAGCCAAGGCCUGACUAAGAGAAGGUUUGUCGAUGGCUAUCUUGAAUGAUUGUGGUACAUAUUCUUAAACGGUUCAGACUGGAGCACACACAAGCAAAAGCCAGGAAAUGUGCAAUGUGUGAGGACACUUAAGAAGACUGACACAGAUAGAACACAAACGCCUGCUAGGUUAAGGAGCGAGAUGUUGUAGCCACUGAAUAGCAGAGUGGCCGGCAGAGGGAGUGAGCAGCCAUCUAGUCACCAACUAGUAUCAGCUGGCAGAGAACGCAGGAUGACACACAGGCCAGUGAAUCAGGAAAUUAAAUACGGGGGCAAUGCAGCACUUCAGACAGAUGAUAUCAAUGACGAGACAAAACAAAGAGUACAUUUUCAAGCUGGUGAAGUUGGAUUGGUGGCAGCCGGGCACGGAACACAGAAGGACGAGUACCAUGAGGAGUUUACUGGCAAAGCUUCCAGGAUCCAGAUGUUUCCUUCUCCCCUUUACUCUUAUUUUGGGUAUGCAGGCACAGCAAGCUUUCAGGACACAACCCAGGAAUGUGACAGUGCAGGCUGGAACCCAGGCUCAGCUGAAGUGUCAAGUACUGAGAGCAACAGGACCGGUCCAGUGGGUGAAGGACGGCUUACUACUGGGACCCCAGAGAAGCUUGCCAGGCUUUCCACGGUAUCGCGUCAUUGGGGACAAGCGGAAAGGGGAAUACCAUUUGCUGAUCGAGGAUGUGGCCUUGGAGGAUGAUGCCCUUUACGAAUGCCAAGCUGGACAGUCAGACAGCAGUUCAGCAAUCAUCUCACAAACCGCCUGGCUAAAUGUGCAGAUUCCCCCCCUGAAGCCAUACAUCGAACUGGAGUCAAACGAGCCAUGGGUGGCAGGGAAAGAGUACACAGUGAUGUGUACAGCUUCUGAUGCUAAACCUGCAGCAGAAAUUACUCUGUUCAAAGGUGGAAUACAACUUUUAGACCUGGACUCAGUCACUAUGUCUGGCUCGGAGGAGCAACUCAUGAACACUCAAGCAGAAGUGAGAGUCAAGGCAGAGAGUGCAGAUCAUGGGGGAGAGUUGGUCUGCAAGGCAAGGAAUUCAGCACUCACUACUGCCAUGAUUGACACCAAGGUGAUGACCGUUUACUUCCCUCCCCAGGCUCCUGUGAUAGAAGGCCUGGACAUCACCCCAGUCAAAGCUGGGGAUAUUCUAAAACUUAGUUGCCUGUCACAUGGAGGAAACCCCCUAGCUUCUCUGUACUGGACUAAGAAUGGAGAACUUUUGUCAAGUAGCUGGGAAGAAGAUGUUGUUCAAAGAAGAUCCAGGAGUCUGUUAUUCUUGGAGUUGACCGCAGAGGACAAUCAAGCCAUUCUGCAUUGUGAAAGUCUCAACCAGGUGUCUCAAACUCCACUCUUCAUCAGCCAUAUGCUAACUGUGUUCUUUGAGCCUGUCAAGGUGAAUUUACUAGGAACUUUUGAAGCGGUAGAGGGGCAGACAGUGGCAUUCUGUUGUCACACAAGCUCCAGUAACCCUCCCGUGGAGAUACGUUGGUGGUUAGGCUUUCGGGAACUUAACACAACACUUCUCUCUAAGGCAAAGGGUGAAAAUGGAGGGAUGACUACCAUGUCCAACCUCACACAUACAGUUUCUCGAGAAGAGAAUGGUCUCCUUCUCUCGUGUGAGGCAUUCAACAAAGGCACCCAGUUCUCCAGCAGCACAUCGAAGAUACUUCAUGUGUUCUAUCCACCACACAGAGUAUGGCUGCAUGCUCCCCCAGAGGAUGUAACCCUCAAAUCAGGACACCCAGUGCAUCUGACAUGUUUCUCCACUGGAGGGAAUCCCACAGGACAGCUGACAUGGUUUAAAAAUGGCAGGGUCAUACAGGGUUCCUCUAAACAGGUCUCCUUAAAGAGAGGUGUCUCCCUGGAGCUGAGAUUCAUCCUUCAGCCCAGUGACAACUUGGCCAUAUACCGCUGUGAUGUUACCAACCUGUCUAAGAAACUACUCUCUGCCAAGACCAGGCUUAAAGUACAGUUUGCCUCAAUCCACGUUGAAAUCCAGGUGAAGCCUAAGGUCCUGCGGAGGGGGAAGACUGUGAGUCUGGACUGCCUGUGUGGCAGCAGCAACCCCAAAGCCAACGCUAGCUGGAGCGUCGGCUUCGACAGGCUGGCUGGGGUGGAGAUGGCCAGCAGACCGGCAGAGUAUGGUGGUGUGUCCUUUCGAAGCAAUCUGUCCCUCACUCUCACCUCUCAGCAUCACCAGCAGAGGGUCACAUGCAAAGCGUUCAGCAAACUGCUCUCCGAGGCGGUCAGCUCCUCCUACACACUCAACGUGCUUUUUCCUCCUGAGUUCAGCUCGGAGCAGCCCAAAGAGGUGAAGGCUGUAGAAAAUGAUGAAGUCAGUCUACCCUUGAUGGUGUCCGCCAAUCCCACAGAGAUGACAUGUGACUGGAUCUUUCAUGGAAAGAAGCUGGACAAAGAGACAGAAUGGCGAUACUGCUGGGAUGAUGGUUUUGUCCUCAAGAUCAGAAAUGUGACAAGGAAUGAUGCAGGAGUAUACAAUGUGGAGUGUGCCAAUGAAGAAGGCCACAGCCACACCUCAACCAUCUUAAACAUUUCCUAUGCUCCAACGUUUCGAAUGAAACCAGAUGUCGUGUUUGUGGACAUUGGUGGAACCGUAGAUCUACUUUGUGAGGUGGAAGCCAAUCCUGUUAUCUCUGGAAUGUUCUCCUGGAAGUGGCUUGGAAAUGGAGAGAUCGAUGUGGAGUCUCAGCAUGAGGAUGACACUACUGGGUGGCUGACCCUGUUCCAGGUCACUCGUGCCCACACUGGGACCUAUCAGUGCACCGUGGACAAUGACAUCCCUCCCGCGGCAGCAGCAGAAGUCCAGCUCGUUGUUCGCUUUAAACCACAACUGAAGAAAGGACCUCAGUGGAGUAAGGUGGCCAGCCGCGCUGAUGGUGUCAGCACAGUGGAUAUAGCAUGUCAGGCAGAGGGCGUUCCCAAGGUAGAUUUCAGCUGGGCCAAGAAUAAAAUGCCUAUGGAUUUCGCCAAUCCCAGGUAUAUGGAGAAUACUGUUCGAGUGGGAGUCGUGCAUACCAGCACACUCAGCAUUGAGAAUGUGAGCGCAACACUAGACUAUGCUGUCUUCACCUGCACCGCUUCCAACAGCUUGGGGGAGGACAGUCUGGACAUUCAACUCCUCAACACCAAUCACCCUGAGUCCCCAUCAGACUUGAGACUACUGCAUGUCAGCAACUACUCUGUGACACUGGAGUGGAAACCAGGGUUUGAUGGUGGCUUGACACAGAAAUUUCGUAUCAGGUAUCUCUGGAAAGGCUUCUCCAGCUAUCAUUAUGUGGAUGUUUUCCCACCCAAGGCAACAUUCUACACAGUCACUGGCCUGUUACCUGCAACCACCUACAAUUUUUCUGUGAAUGCUGUCAAUAACAUGGGAGAGAGUAGCUACGCUGACGGCAAUACUGCUCUCACUGUUACUACCAGAGGAAAAGACCCAGCUGUCGACCUGCAUCCCCCAGGAGACAGUAACCUCACCCAAGAAUCCUUUGGUGUGUGGCACUAUUUGUCAAUGGUGACGGUGGGGGUGGUCAUACUGUUCACCGUUAUCUGUUUGAGCUGCGUCAUGUUAGUAAGAUGGAGAAAAGACCAAAAACAAACUGAUGUUACAGGGAGUGUUUUGAAGGGGAGCAAGACAGACACAGAGGGGUCUCUAAAUGUCCCUGAGCGAUACAUCAACACAGAGUUGAUGAGUACAGCCACCUCUGCCACAGCAAGCACUAUAGAAACAAACAGCACUGUGUAUGAAAGCUACGCAGGGGAGAACGGUCACUAUUACUCUACUAUUGAAGAAUCGCAACCUACCUUCUACACCCAUAUGGAGGGAGCAGAGCACCAUGGACCCUUUGGCCAUGACUAUGAAGAGGUCACCAAUGAAGAGAUGCAACUAAACCUGCAGAAUUUUCUUCCAAUAUCUCACCAUUCCCAUCCACCUUUGGCUGCUGACCCGUGUCGAGGCAACCAACAGCAGAGCUUUGAGCAGGUAUAUGGAAAGGAUAUUGAAGACGUGGAUUAUGCAUGGAGAAACAAUGGACCCUUCAUCGCACCCACUUCUCCAACCAUGAGCUCUCAGCUUCUAUUCGAGCUUGGGGGGGAACUUGUGUGAAAGUUUCAACAUUGUAAUCGUGAAAGGACACCACAUACUUUAAUAUUUUAUAAACACCAAAUGUAGUGACGUAAGGGUAAAACAGUUACAUAUUCAAAUGAUUGUAUGUGUAAAAGUAAAACAUACUGUAUAUUUAAAACAUAUAUACAUAAAACAUAUAUUAAAAAGCAAACAUGAGAUUUGUGAAUGAUGUACAGUAUCUAUGAGUUCUCUCCUUGCAUUGUUGUAUUCCUUAUUCUUUGUAAAGCCAUGACAUGGUGUAGAGGGUGGAUGUAAAGCAGUCAAAGUAUUAAAUAACGUUUGU